GUAAUUUUUUUUUUUCCUUCUAAACAGGGCCAUGCACUGUUAAUCAGAGAAAUUGAUGUAGAGAAGGUAUCCACAUUUGAUAAUCCCUAUGUAGAUGCAAUAAAAUAUCUAUGGAAUGAUCCUGGGAUACAAGAAUGCUAUGACAGGCGAAGGGAAUAUCAGCUGUCUGACUCUACUAAAUACUAUCUUAAUGACCUGGACCGUAUCGCUUGUAACGGAUAUCUACCUACCCAACAAGAUGUGCUCAGAGUCAGAGUGCCCACAACAGGAAUUAUUGAAUAUCCAUUCGAUUUACAAAGUGUCAUCUUCAGAAUGGUCGAUGUAGGAGGCCAGCGAUCAGAGAGGAGGAAAUGGAUACACUGCUUUGAAAAUGUCACUUCCAUAAUGUUCCUUGUAGCACUUAGUGAAUAUGAUCAGGUCCUGGUGGAGUCCGACAAUGAGAACCGGAUGGAAGAAAGUAAAGCACUGUUUAGGACGAUUAUCACAUAUCCCUGGUUUCAGAACUCCUCAGUCAUCCUCUUUCUCAACAAGAAAGAUCUCCUGGAGGAGAAAAUAAUGUACUCUCAUCUAGUUGAUUAUUUCCCUGAAUAUGAUGGACCACAGCGAGAUGCACAAGCAGCAAGAGAAUUCAUCUUAAAGAUGUUCGUAGAUCUGAAUCCAGACAGUGACAAAAUAAUCUACUCUCAUUUCACCUGCGCCACAGAUACAGAGAACAUUCGCUUCGUCUUUGCUGCUGUCAAGGACACUAUCUUACAGCUGAAUCUGAAGGAAUACAACUUGGUCUAA